UUGCUCGCCCCGUUAGCACGCGCCUGCACCGACUUAACUCAACUGUUUAGACAAGUUUGUCUUGUACGCCAGUGUGGAAAUGGCAGCAGGCAGGAUAUUGACAGAUUAAAAGAAAAAACAAAAGUUGGAUUUUUCUGAACAUUCUGUUAGAAACAAAUGUACCUGCACGUACUGCUGGGUCCUACUUGCGAGAAGUUUCGAGUUUAUAUGGAAUAACGUUUUGUCUUUGGAUAUUAAUAUCGUACAAGUCAGCUGUAGUGAGAGAGAAGCGAAUCUGCGGGGGGAAAAAUGAAUAAUCUACCUUUUGACGAUCCGUCACUGGAUAGCUUGGAUCCAAGUUUAUCCCUAAAUGAUCCGAGUGAUAUUGACACAGCUCUGCUGAACGACAUUGACGAUAUGCUCCAGCUCAUCCACAACCAGGAGAUGGAGUUCGGCAGCUUGUUUGAUCACACCUCCUUUCCACCACCCCCAGCUCCAACACACGACCUUUCAGCCUUGGCUUCUUCCAGCUUGGCUCCCACUUCUCACACUUCCUCCACCUCUUCCUCCACCUCGUCUAUCCUGAGCAACAGCCCACAUCUGGAUGCUCUGCUGGGUCCCCCGGUCAGCCGCAACUCCUCCACCCCGGACAAGACCUUCCACGCCCCAAACUUUCAGCAAUCUCCCUCCACCCAGGUGACCUCUACUCCUGUGACCCCAAGUCAGGUUAAGCAGCCCAAAGCUCCAACAGCUCAACCUGUACUUCACCCACCAAGCCAGGCUCCCCAGAGCCCUACAUUCUCCUCAAGCCCUCAACAGCCUGUGACUACCUACACAAACCAGAAUGGAUACAAUGUAGUCCCUCAGCAGGGCUCUCCCCAGCCAGUGCCCAGUGUUGCCAGCUCUCCACAGAGCAUUCAGCCGGUAGCCAUUCAGGCUCAGGUCCAGAGUCUGUCCACAUCUCCAAUCCUCACCACCUCCUCCAGUCCUCCAGCACAGACUCACGUCCAGCAAGUUCCUGUUUUGUUGCAGCCUCAGUUCAUCAAAGCAGAAUCUCUCCUCCUCACCACCCUGAAGCCGGACGUGACUAUGGUAACUACAGUAGCGUCUCCGUGCAUCACGUCUCUGGCUACAUCCACAGCUCCAGUGCAGGGCACCUCACUGCAGAUGUUAUCUAUGCAACUACACCUGAACAGUACAUCACUUUUAAAAGAUUGUUCCUGCUUUGAAGUACAAAUAAACGGGAAUCAAAAAACGACUUGGCUGAGUUCGUCGCGUCAGACUGGUUGCUUUAAACGAAUGGCUCUGAUGAAUGGUGGGACGAUCCUGACUACAGUUCCGGUCAUGGUGGACACAGAGAAGCUGCCGAUUAACCGUAUAGCCAUCAGCAGCAAGCCAGGUAUGCAGACCCAAAAAGGCGAGAAGCGCACUGCACACAACGCCAUCGAGAAGCGCUACCGCUCCUCCAUCAACGACAAGAUCAUCGAGCUCAAAGACCUGGUGGCCGGCACCGAGGCUAAGCUGAAUAAAUCUGCAGUGCUGAGGAAAGCCAUUGACUAUAUCCGCUACCUGCAGCAGUCCAACCAGAAGCUAAAGCAGGAGAACUUGGCUCUUAAAAUGGCCAACCAAAAGAACAAGUCUUUGAAAGACCUGGUGGCCAUGGAGGUGGAUGUGAAGACUGAGCUUCCCACUCCUCCAGCCUCCGACGCCGGCUCGCCCGAACCCAGCGGCUCCUUCUCCCAUUGCAGCAGCGACUCUGAGCCUGACAGUCCAAUGGGAGAGGACAGCAAGCCUAUGGCCAAUGCCGAGAAGGCUGCUGGAGGGAUGCUGGACCGCUCACGGAUGGCUCUGUGUGCCUUCACCCUCCUCUUCCUCUCCUUCAACCCGCUGGCAUCGCUGAUGUGUGGGAGCCAAAGCAGGGCUCCAGAAGCUGUUCCUCCAGGCCACACAGGAACUGGCAGGUCCAUGCUGACAGUAGAUAGUGCAGCUGAAUCAUGGGGCUGGAUGGAUUGGAUGCUGCCCACUCUGUUGGUGUGGCUGCUAAAUGGCAUUCUGGUAGCUGGUGUUUUGAUCAAGCUAUUGGUGUAUGGAGAGCCCAUCACUAGACCACACUCUGAAUCUUCCGUCCUCUUCUGGAGACACCGGAAACAGGCUGAUCUCGACCUGGCCAGAGGAGACUUUGCCCAGGCUUCUCAGAACCUCUGGACAUGUUUGAAGGCUCUUGGUCGUCCUCUGCCCACCUCUCAGCUGGACUUGGCAUGUGCUGUGCUGUGGUCCACACUGCGUCUGUGGCUGCAGAGGCUGUGGGUGGGCCGCUGGUUGGCCUGCAAGGCUGGAGCUCUGCGUGCCGAUCGCCACCUACAGGAGGAUGCACGCAAGAGCAGCCGUGACGCUGCCCUUGUCUACCACCGCCUGCACCAGCUGCACAUGACCGGGAAGCUGGGUGGCAGCCACCUGUUCGCAUUGCACAUGGCACUGAGUGCAGUGAAUCUAGCCGAGUGUGCUGGAGACUGCCUGUCUGUGGCCACGCUGGCCGAGAUCUAUGUCUCCGCUGCCCUGAGAGUAAAAACCAGCCUGCCCCGCCUGCUGCACAUCACCUCUCGUGGUUUUCUAAGUCGUGCUCGACAGGCCUGCCUGUCCCCCAGUGGCAGUGUUCCUCCUGCCAUGCAGUGGCUCUGCCACCCUCUGGGUCAUCGCUUCUUUGUGGAUGGCGACUGGUCAGUACGCAGCACCCCUAAAGAGAGCAUCUACAGCCAGGCUGGAAACACUGUGGAUCCUCUGGCUCAGGUGACUCAGGCUUUCAGGGAGCAUCUGCUGGAGAAGGCUCUGUACUGUGUCGCUCAGCCACAUGGAGACAAAAGCCCCAACGAGGGACAAGGUGAAUACUCCGAUGCCCUGGAGUACCUGCAGCUGCUGAACAGCGCAUCUGAUGCUGCAGGAGCAACCACGCAGGCCUUCGCCAUCGGCUCCAACAUGGCCACCGUCACCGGCUGUGACCCUCACUCAAAAUGGUGGUCGUCAGUUGCCGUGGUGAUUAUUAACUGGCUGCAGGGAGAUGACGUAGCGGCAGAGAGGCUGUAUCCAGCGGUGGAACACCUUCCACGCAGUCUUCAAGCAGACGAAAGUCCAUUACCCAAGGCCUGUCUGAACAUGUUUAAAGCAGUGCGCGCCCUGCUGGCCAAACCAGAGAACAGACAGCUGAGCCUGAGCUACUGUGAGAAAGCCAGCAGCUUAUUCAGAGACAGCCUCAAUCUGGGGCCACACUGCAGCAGCAGCACCUUAGACAAGUUGGUGCAGUUGUUACUGUGUGAUCUGCUGCUGGUGACACGCACCAGUCUGUGGCGAGAGCAGCAGAUCUGUUUACCGGCUUCCCCUCAGCAGAGCUCGGCCUCAGCCGCUUCUCCCGCCGAGCUGCAGGGUUUCCAACAGGACCUGAGCUCGCUGCGCAAACUCGCCCACAGCUUCAGACCCGCCAUGCGUAGGUUGUUUCUGCAUGAAGCCACUGCCAGGCUGAUGGCAGGAGCAAGUCCAACACGCACACACCAGCUCCUGGACCGCAGUCUGCGCCGUCGUGCCACACCUGGAGGCAAAAUCGGUGAGGACUCAGAUGGUGUGUGUGUGGGCAGAUGUGUUUGCAUGCUUGUUUGCAAAUAUUCAGCUUUAGAGAGGAGUGUGAGACACGGCCAGGCCAGCGUGAGCAGGCAGAGGCAGCCAUGUUGGCGUGUUGGUAUCUGCCACCGUCGUUCCUGUCGGCCCCAGGCCAGAGGGUGGGGAUGUUGGCAGAUGCUGCACGCACUCUUGAGAAGCUGGGGGACAAACGUACUCUCCAUGACUGCCAGCAGAUGAUCAUCAAACUGGGCAGCGGGACCACGGUUGCCUCCACUUAGAGACAAAGCAAAAGACUCCCUCAUCCUCCCACCCCUCUUUCUCAUCAGCCUUACCCCACCCUCCUGCACUAACACAAUAUCAGUCUCAAAUUUUCUGUGCCACAUUUCCUGGCUACAGGCUUCGGUUUUUAUCAUUUAACCAGCUAGUCUUCACGUUGUUGUUUUUUUUUUUUUUUUCUCUCCCCACAGUUUGUUCAUUUCUUUUUAACAAUUCUUUCCCCCUUAUUUUCUUUACAGCUAUUAUUUAAAUAAUUUAAUAAUUUAAUUUGUUUGUCCUGUCGAAAUGCUGAUGCGCUUCGGGUUAAUGUUCUACAUUUUACUUAAAGGUGCAGUCAGUAAUUUUAAACGCAGAAAAGGUUUUGGGAGAUUUGUUCUCUCAAAGUUCAACUCAGAAGAUAAACCCCGGUGUCUCUGGUGUCCCCCAGGCUCGGGGAAUGGAAGAAAAAUAAAAAAGAGUAUGGAUACCAGUAUCAAACACCAUCGAAUCAAUGAGAACUAUAGAGUUGUUUCUUCUUCUUUCUCAGUUCUGAAAGCUGCUCUAUCGCACUGAGAAUUUCUGGCCUCUGCAUGUUUUGGGAGGGGUUUGGUUUUGGAUUCAAAGUGUAACUACCUUUCUCUUAAAAUUACUUCCUACGCCUUUAAAGUAAUAUUUCACAGAUAGAUGUCCCCGGGCUGCUGUUAGUGCUCCUGUAAAUGAGGUGCUGGUGGUGUAAACGCCAGCUUUGCCCACUAGAUGGCAUUUUACUGCGCAGCAUUGGACGCUUAUGAGUGGCAUUAAAGGGUGAUUGGACAUGAAUCAUUGAAAUUCCUCUAAAAAUGUAAUAGAGGCUUUUCACACACAGAACGAUCCCUGUGUCCGGGUUUAGCGUUACGGUAGAGUAUGCACCUGCGUGUGCAUGUUUCUGUCUAAAGCACCAUCUCGGACACCUAAUUUUCUUUGCCUGCUAGGUUUGGUUUGAUAAAGCAUGACCAGGUGACUUAGAAACCAAGGCUUAAUCUGUGUGUAAGGGAGCUCGGCGUUAGGGGACAUGAUGAGUGUGACGAGAUUUCCUUUUCAUUACAUCUGUACAGACCUUUCUAAUCUGCACUACCCUUACCGGGGCUGACUUCUAUAUGAUUUAAGAGCGUAUACGGCUUUACAAGGUUCUUUUCUUGUAGUUUUUUCCUUGUAUAUAUUUUUAAAGAUAUGUAUUUAUAAUUUUGUCUAAAGAUGUUCGUGAACAGUAUUUUGUAGGAAAAAAGGACUACUUGGAUGUUUCAUUGGAAUGCAGUGCUAGAGCAGAAAACAUUACUUAUGGAGAAACAGAAUACCGGGGUUAAUAAAGCGCUCAUCAGUGUGAACACGGGACCAGUUUAGAGAUUCAAAGCUUAAAAAGUGGAGAAUCUUGACUGCCGGACAUCUAGUCCCAGAUAAGUGGGAAAGACUUCUACAGUGUGCUUGUUCUCGAAGAGGCUUAUCGGUUUGCACUAAUGAGAGAGAUUUUGGUUACAAUUAGAAGAGUACAGCUACUUGAGGGUAAAAUGGAUGGAUGGAAUAACAUCAUGAACGGUCACUAAAGUAUCUGAGCCAGUUCAUUUCGACAAAGUUCACCUUCAUUCUUACCUUCAUCCAAAAACCGGAUUUUUAGAGACUGUUCUUUGAUCGAGAAUUUGUAUUCCACUUUCAGCUACUGUAAGGUUUCAAAUGCUCUUUGUUCAAAUUUUGUCACGUUUCAGAGGUUGCAUUGUAAACGGCAGACUCAUGACCUGUAUGCUAAUCAGUGUGUAGAGCUCAUAGUCAAAAUCUCAACAAAAAUGUUUGACCAGUCUGUCAGCUCUUUGAUUCAUUCUUGAGAAUGUAAAUAAAAGUUGUUUUUUAACAUA